AGAGCAUAUAUCUAUCGACCCCUCUCUCCUCCGAGAGCGGGGAUCAGUGCAGUGCAGAUCUACACACCACCGUCUUCAAGAACAGAGCUUAUGGCAAAGGAUGCAAUUGCUUUGUUGGAUCAUUUGGGCUGGAAAAAAGCCCAUGUUUUUGGACAUUCAAUGGUUUUGGUAGCCUAGCCAGCCGAGCAGCUGCCCCAAAUUCACGUGACCUCUCGCAUUACCUCCCUCCUUUUAUAUUUCAUCUCUUUGCUGAUUCACUCCAAGUCUCCAACCCAGCCUCUCAUGGCGUCUCUUCCUUACGAGAAAGUGGGAUCAUUUGGUAUUUUUCAGCCACUUCCUAACCAUGCAGAGUUUUAUAAUUUACCGCCUCUAAUAGGGACUCCACCAUUGAUGGUCGUUGCAGAAAUGGCUUAUCCGGAGUUGCUUGAUCACUUGAAAAUCAAUCCCACCUUGAUCAACGAAUGGAACUUAUUUGAAGUUGAUGCGAAUGGAGCAUAUGGUUUUGGCACGAGAGUGAAAAAUCUUUUCAAAAGCAUAGCUCAGAACGUGAGAGGUUUUCAUAAAUCUAGGUGCUAUUAUGGAAAUCUUUUUCAGCGAGUCCAUGUACGCAUUCCUCAACUUAUCCCCAUAUUUCCAUAUCAUCCUCAGCAAGCAAGUAAUCAAGCUCAGUUAGUAAAUGGCAUCAAGAAUGACAUUGAGAAUUUUAGAUGGAUGGUAUCAUUUUUACUAUUGGGUCGAGUUGAAUUGCAAGAACUUUCUAUAGAAUUCGAUUUGUUCUUUUCGAAAAUUUUUACCAGAGCAAUGGGGGGUGAUCUUGAGGAGAUAAGAGAAUUUGCAGUAUAUCAAAUGGUCCAUCCCAUUUUCUUUGACGGAGGAGAUAGAAUCAGAUUUUUUCUUCAAGUGAUGCUUUACAGGUCUAGCAUCAAGAAAUCCGUUUUUGACGAUGACUUGAAUUUGAGUGCUUAUCACAUUGGUGAUUGGGAGGAGAAAAUUGAUAAGGAUCCAAGAAUGGAUAAAAGCGUCCUUAGGGGAAUACUGGAGAAAACAACUGAGAAGGACAUUGAAGGAGUAAAUCUGUACAGCGUUAUCCCUCGAUUCAUCCGGAACGUGCAUAUUCACUACCACGAUCGUAGCAGAGGAAGGCCUCAUAGUGACUAUGACCGAAUGCUCAAUAUUUUGUUUCCAGGGAUAUGUUCGAAGAUUGUUGACUGUAUUAUAAGAUUUGUAAGUAAUAACCCGAAUGUUAGGUUUUCUACCAUGCUGGAACAACCCCCUGGCUUUCAAUCGGAGGAAUACAGGUUUUCUGGUCCGGGCGGCGGAGGCGGUAGUGGUGGAGUUGGAGCUGGAGGCGGCAGAGGCGCUGGUAGUGGCACUGUUGCUGGAAGCAGCAGCAGCGGUGUUGGUUGUCGUCCUUACCAUACUGGUAGCAGUAGUAGCGGCAGCAGUGGUCAAAUCCCUGGUGGUGAUGGCGGCGGAGUCGCUGGUAGUGGCAGCGGUGUUGGUCAUCGUACUUACCAUACUGGUAGCAGUAGCAGUGGCAGUGGUGGUCGCCCUGGUGGUGAUGGUGGCGGAAGAGGUGGCAGAGUUGCCGGCAGUGGCACUGGAAGCAAUGGCAGCGGUGUUGGUCGUCGUACUUACCAUACUGUUAGCCUUAGUAGUGGCGGUGGUCGUACUGGUGGUGAUGGUGGUGGAAGAGGCGGCAGCGGUGGUCAUACUAGUGGUGAUGGCGGUGGAAAAGGUGGCAGCGGCAGUGGGAGUCGUCGUUCUGGUUCCCGAUUUGCAGCUUUAUCCAUUGAAAGUGACGAAGACAACUGAGUUUUCAAGUAAUGUCGUUUAUUUUUAUUUUUAUUUUUAUUGUUAAUAUCUGUUAAUUGAGUUGAGGAACUUAGAGUACUUUGCUGAGUCUGUUCUCUAUUGUGUUGGAUUGCUCCUGUAGUAUGGAUGACUUAACUUGAUUUACUUU